AGUCCCGAAGCCGUUUCCUAGUGGGUGCGUGCAGGUAUUGUCUGCUGCCUCCUAGUUCUCCCGAGCCCUCUAGGUCCUAGUGCCUGCGUGCACAGCUCUCCGCCUCCGCCGCUCUGCCGCGAUGGCUGUUCCGACGCACCUUCAUGCGCUUACGCCACUUCCCCGUGCUUCCGCAAGAGUUCCCCCAUCGCGCACAUCUGUCCCGCCAGGCGCGGCGCAAUCCGCUGUGCCCCUUAGACGGCGGGUGUACGACAUUGGUAGCGCUAGCGGCGAGACUGGGAGAAGAUCAGCAGCAACGAGAUGGGAGCGAGCACCGAUCCGCCAUGCAAAAUGGGGGAGGUCAGGGAGGCGAGGAUACUGGGAAGGUGGGAGACGUGCCAGCAGCAGUGAGUUAAUAGUUGCUGCGAUCGGGGGGUCAGCAGGGGGGACUGCUGCGCCUUCGAGUGGUCAAGGCAGCGGCGUCUCGCAAACCAACCAGGUACCGAGCUCAUCUGACUCAGAAUCUGACAGCGCCACGUCAGCAUCCGACGGAUCACGACCCAAUUCACCUGCCCGUCGACCCCCCUCACUCUCCGCCUCCUCCUCCGCCUCCGCACCUUCCGCCAACCUCUCCUCCGCGCGCCACCGGGUCCGCGGGCUGCGCGCCGAUGACAUCCGCCACCCGCUCGACCGCCAAAACACGGCGCUUCUGCGCGCAAUUCCCGGGCUAAACGACCUGGGCCGCGUGCUCCUAGGCCCGGUCCAGGAGCAGAUUCUCGUGCUGGAGAAUCUAGGCUCGGGGGUUCUCGUCUCCCCGCAGCAGCUGCCGUCCCUCCACGCUCUCAUGGAAGAAGCCGCCGCCGCGCUCGAUAUGCCGUCCCCGCCGGACCUGUACGUGCGGCAGAGCCCCGUUCCUAACGCGUACACGCUCGCGAUCAACGGGCAGAAACCGUUCGUCGUGGUGCACACGGCGCUGCUGGACCUCCUCACGCCGGUGGAGGUGCAAGCGGUACUCGCGCACGAGCUGGGUCACCUAAAGUGCGAGCACGGGCUCUGGCUCACCUUCGCUAAUCUCCUCGCGCUCGGCGCCGCGAGCUCGCUCCCCGGAUUCCUCGGCGCGAUGCUCGCGCGCGGGCUCGAGGACCAGCUGCUGCGCUGGCUCCGCGCGGCGGAGCUCACGUGCGACCGCGCGGCGCUGGUUGUCGUGCGCGACCCCCGCGUGGUCGUGUCCGUGCUGAUGAAACUGGCGGGCGGAAGCACCAGCGGAGGCGGAAGCGGAUGGGGGAUGGCGCGCGGGGGAAGCCCUGGGGGGAAUGAGUGGGGCUGGGGCGGGAUGGGGGGAGCUAGGGCGGGGACUUCUGCGGGUGCUGCUGGCGCUGGCGGGAGUGAGGGCGGAGGCAGCUGGUGGGCGGAAGAGCUGAGCGUGGACGCGUUUUUGGCGCAAGCAAGGUCUUAUGACGAGGCAGCUAAUAGCGGGCCGCUAGCCUGGUACUUGCGGAACGCACAGACGCGGCAGCUAGCACACCCUUUGCCGGUUCUUCGUGCGAGAGAGGUGGACAGAUGGGCUAGAAGCCCGGAAUUCAAGGCUCUCAUGGGGAGGAGCAAAGCGGCAGGUAUGUCAGGGACAGGCAAUGGAGCAGCAAGCGGUGGUGGUGCUGGUGGGAGAAGUGUGGCAAGCAGCGUGGAAGCUUCUGGGGUCGGUGUGGCUGGAUCGGGUAGGAAAGACAGUGGAAGAGGGGUGGGUGAGGGGCCGUCAGGUGUAGGAAAGGAGUUAGGGACUGGGCCCGCAAGGUGGAGGUCUGAGGGGGCGGCUUUCAGAGAGAGACGGGCUGCUUCAGGCCAAGGGAAGAGGGAGUGGUGGGGCUGGUGAUGCUGUAAUGUACAUGCACUGUGAAUUGCUCAGGUUUGGAUUGGUCAUCAGAGCAAUUGGUUGGGAUGCUGAGAAGUGAAUUGCCUUCUCAUUGUAUAUGGCUAGACAAAUUUCUCGAGUUCAGUUAAUUUCAGUCGUGGAGUUAAGUUAAAGCUCUGCACUGAAUGAGAGAAUCAGUAGUGAAUAAAGCCACUUGUUUUCU